GUGAGGCCGUGCUGUGAGGUGGCGCGGGGCCAGCUCCAGGAGGUUUGGACGGGAGAUUCUUUCGCCUGAUUUUGGUCUGCCGUUCCCACGUAUUGCUUCUCUCUGCUCAUAAGCAGCCUUUUCCAUCUCUUUCUGCCUCGAUUUCCCUCCUAACCCAGAGAGGUUUGGAUGAAUGACGCCGGGAGACCCUUCCCUCCAGCACCUGUGCCGGCUUACGUUUCUGCACAACAGACUUCCUUGAGACCAUGCUUUUGCGAAGUUCAGGAAAGUUGAGUGUGGGCACCAAGAGCGGGGGAGCCGAGAGCCUCACCCCCACCCCUCGCCCAAAGACCUUGCGUUGCAAGUGCCAUCACCACUGCCCAGAAGAUUCGGUCAACAAUAUCUGCAGCACAGAUGGAUAUUGUUUCACGAUGAUUGAAGAAGAUGAUUCCGGCAUGCCCGUGGUCACCUCUGGAUGCCUUGGACUAGAAGGCUCCGAUUUUCAGUGUAGGGACACGCCUGUCCCUCACCAGAGAAGGUCCAUCGAGUGCUGCACCGAGAGGAACGAGUGCAACAAGGACCUGCACCCCACUCUGCCCCCGCUGAAGCACAGAGAUUUUGUCGAUGGACCAAUUCAUCACAAGGCCUUACUAAUAUCUGUGACUGUCUGUAGUUUGCUCUUGGUUCUUAUCAUUUUGUUUUGUUAUUUUAGGUCCCGGCGGCAGGACGGGCGGCCGCGGUACAGCAUCGGCCUGGAGCAGGGCGACUCCUGCAUCCCCCCGGGGGAGUCCCUGCGGGACCUCAUCGAGCAGUCGCAGAGCUCGGGCAGCGGCUCCGGGCUGCCCCUGCUGGUCCAGAGGACAAUCGCGAAGCAGAUCCAGAUGGUGAGGCAGAUCGGGAAAGGCCGCUACGGGGAGGUCUGGAUGGGGAAGUGGCGCGGCGAGAAGGUGGCGGUGAAGGUGUUUUUCACCACCGAAGAGGCCAGCUGGUUCCGGGAGACGGAGAUCUACCAGACGGUGCUCAUGAGGCACGAAAACAUUCUGGGGUUUAUCGCUGCAGAUAUCAAAGGAACGGGCUCCUGGACUCAGCUGUACCUGAUCACAGACUACCACGAGAACGGUUCCCUCUACGACUACCUGAAGUCCACCACCCUGGACACCAAGUCGAUGCUCAGGUUGGCCUACUCUUCUGUCAGCGGCUUAUGCCACUUGCACACCGAGAUCUUCAGCACUCAAGGCAAACCCGCGAUCGCCCACCGGGAUCUGAAAAGCAAGAACAUUCUGGUGAAGAAAAACGGGACGUGCUGUAUAGCGGACCUGGGCCUGGCCGUCAAGUUCAUCAGUGAUACCAACGAAGUGGACAUACCACCCAAUACGCGCGUUGGCACCAAGCGCUACAUGCCCCCAGAGGUGUUGGACGAGAGCUUGAACAGGAACCACUUCCAGUCUUACAUCAUGGCGGACAUGUACAGUUUUGGACUCAUCCUUUGGGAGGUGGCUCGGAGAUGUGUAUCGGGAGGCAUCGUGGAGGAAUACCAGCUCCCCUACCACGACCUGGUGCCCAGUGACCCCUCCUACGAGGACAUGAGGGAGAUCGUGUGUCUCAAGAAGCUGCGGCCCUCCUUCCCCAACCGGUGGAGCAGUGAUGAGUGUCUGCGGCAGAUGGGGAAGCUCAUGACAGAGUGCUGGGCGCACAGUCCUGCCUCCAGACUGACGGCCCUGCGCGUGAAGAAGACACUGGCCAAGAUGUCAGAGUCCCAGGACAUCAAGCUCUGAUUUAAGGGCCGCGUCUCGUCGUCCCUGGAGAAAACCCGGAGAUCUCCUGUCUGUGGGCAGAGCGAAGGACGUUCCCAGAGCAGCCGCAUGACGAGACUUGGCCGUCACUCACCUCCCGGUGCGCCGGCCCCGCGCCUUAGGGAGCAGCCUGGACAAAGUCAGAGAAGCUCCCGGAGACUCCAGCUCCCUUUCUGCAGCUGGGAGCACUCGCCUGGGAGCUGCUCGAGAUGCGAUGUGUGUUGCUUUCUAAGAAAGCCCAUAUUUCGGAAUUGCCUUUCAUUUUUUUUUUCAAAAGAUGCUUUAAUUUUGCCAAAAUAAAAUGAGCAAUUUGAUGUUUUAAGAUUUUUACUAUCAUAGAUUAAAUGCUAACAACUAACGUUCUCUCCAGAAUCUCUGCUGGAAAGCAAAUUAAAAUUCCAUUUUUUCCACUGGUAAAAUUUUGUUGCAAUCUGCAAAUCAAAAGACAGUGUGCAGAGUUGGCAAACAUAGAACGGCUCUCAGCGUCACAGCCUCGCCCUCCUCAAACCACUCUGGCCAGCCCGUCGCCGGGGGCUCCAGCCACAAUGUGAACACCUGGGUACAAUGACCACCUGUCUGACACCAUGUCUGAGGGUCUGCAGGUGACCCUUUGUGCCUCAGUGACAUGGAAUGAAUGAAGGUUUUCUGUGACUCUACAAGAAGUGUUGAUGCAGCUCUUAGAAUGAGAAACUUUUAAUUCUGCCUCCCUCCCUCCUUCCCUCCCUCCCUUCCCUCCCUCCUUCCCUCCCUCCCUUCCCUCCCUCCUUCCCUCUCUUCUUCCUUCCCUCCCUCCCUCCCUCCCUCCCUCCCUCCCUCCCUUCCUUCCUUCCUUCCUUCCUUCCUUCCUUCCUUCCUUCCUUCCUUCCUUCCUUCCUUCCUUCCUUCCUUCCUUCCUUCCUUCCUCUCUCCCUCCCUCCCUCCCUCCCUCUCUCCCUCUCUCCCUCCCUCCCUCCCUCUUUCCCUCCCUCCUGGCCUCACACUUGCAAGGCCCCUGCUCUGCCUCUGUGCCUCCCCAGCUCUCUGCUCUCUGUUACAGCGAAUCCCUUCCUUUUAAUUGAAGACAAGCACAGCUGUAUUUUCUGUAUGCCUUGAGAAUUAACCCAUGUAUACAUUUGAAUCUCAUAAAGGAAAGCUUCAAUAGUAAACAAAAGUUAUCAGUGAUGAUGAAGACAAGGUGUUUCAAACUAAAGAUCCUUUGCUCUUUUACUCCAAGAGAAACAUACCAGAGAGGCAGGGGAGUGGGUGCCCUGGGCUUGUUUCGUAUCUAUGAGGAGAGCAAGGGGAUGUGUGUGCACCUUAUUUUUUUUUAAGACGUGAGCUUUUGUUUGUACCUAUCUUUCUGUGUCUGUCUUAAGGGGAGGCGAGGAAGAUAUGUUUGUUAAUACGGCUAAAAUUUAACGUAGAACUAGACAAAUACCAUUGCCCAAUUGGGUGGAGGCGGCGAGCUAGUGAAAGCCGCUGAAUAUUGUGACUGCUGGGAUUUAUUCUUCUAGACUAGCUUUGGAUUGAGCACAUCCAUUUUAAGUGAGACUUAUGCAUCUUAGAAACACCCCGUUUAUUUUAUCCUCACAAUUCUCAGUUCAAUUUUCAGUGUAUUUUUUUUUCCUCUGUGGUACUCAUGCAGGAAAUCUCUUCCUCUGCUCAAAUCUGAAGGUUAUUUUUAAGGUUUGUUGUCACAAGUGAGACAAUGGACAGGGCCAGUAUUCCUGUGUAGCGGGAACGCAAUACAGCUCAAGACUUCACACAACUCACACUGUCUUCACCACUGUGGUUUUUUUUUUUCUGCUUCUAAAGGAAGUCUUGGUGAGGAUUUGGAUCAACUUCCUCUUGCCUGUUUUUUUAGCGAAUGGCGUUCCUCCCAUCACGCUCUAGGGGGCAGUGUUUAGUAGCACAUGUCCACCGCUGGCCGCAGAAAGGUAGGGGAUCUUUCCAAAACAUGUGCCAGCUGUAAGAAAAAGGAGAAAAUACUCCCCUCACUUCUGAAGGAGGCUUCCAGCUGCUCGUCCAGAGAGCGAGCCUGUGAGCUGUGCUUACGGAUUAGGGACCGCCAGCCCCCGGCCACCCAGACCUUCCCAGCUACUGUCGGUAAUAAAGACUUUCCUUUCACUCUUAGGAGAAAAAUCUCUGUUUCAGAAGGUUGAAAACAGACGCUCCAACGCGCCGGGAUGCUGCUCUCACUGAUAUUAACGUAACUUGAAUGCCAAUAUAAAGGUUCUUUGUUGUAUGUCAAGUUGUAUCUGUGUGUGUGUGAUAGUUUAGAAAUAAGUACGACAGUCAGCUGAGCCUGGGAGGAACUCCAGUGCCUGUAGUUAGAUCACCAACAGACAAAUCAGUGACCGCUGUGCCGUUACACAGGGGUGGGCAUGUUUGCUUCUUGAUGUUUUCCCCUAAAUUCAAGUGCGAUUGGGUUUAUCUUUUAGAUAAAAAAGUGUUUUGUUGUUGGUAAGUUCUUAAUUCUUAUACAUUGAUAAGUCCCAACAAAACUUGUUUGUGGAGAGGCAGUGAUUUAAGCUAGAAUAGGUUUGUUUAAUUUUCUGUGAAGGUUUUGGUUCUAGUGAAAAUGCGGGGAAAUUUAAAUAGUAUCUGCAUUUCUAAAAUAUUAUGUGUUGGUUAUAUUGGGGAAAACAUUAGUUUUUAGAAUACCCCAUCUGAUUUGCUUUUAGGAAUAUUCAAAAUUAUUCCUGAGAUAAUUUAACAGAUCCAUUUUGUUAUUAUUGUCUCUUAAUGAUACAAGAAUUUCAUUGUAGAUAGAUUUUUUCUGUAUCUUACCAAAAUCCACCUUAUUUAUAGAAUACUAAAAUAAUCUUAAAGAGACUGCCUUCUCACUUACAAAUGAUUCUUUCCAAGCUCUAUAUUCAUAGCAGCUCAGAUAUGAAUUUUAUUAUUUUUGUUUUGACUUUCAAUAGACUAAAUGAGAACCUGAAAAUUGAUAGUGUAGUUAUCACUUAUUUUCAGGACUAUAUGAGAAACUCCAGAUUUUUUUUUCAAUAAUUCUCCCUUGUCCUCUGUCAAGGAAUCCUAAACCGUUGUUGUUUCCUAAUAUAAUUUUUGUUAGCGAAGAUGUUCAGGUUUAUUAUUGUUUAUGUAUGAUGUGUAUAUAUUCUGCAAAUAUAUAUGUUAUAUAAAUAUUAUGUUCAGUUUGGAGUCUGGCAUAACUCCAUUAUGUGGAUUGGAGAGUAAAAUAUGAUGGAUGAUAAAGUACUUAAUGAAACAUAAUAUUUAUUUAUGAAAAAGUGUAAAGGAUGAAGUCGCCAAUGACGUGCUGUGAUCGUUGUGUUUGAGGGUGUGACCCUGGGCCUCCUGGGAAGCAGAGGCCCAAGGUCCUGGGGCAGAAGCUUCCUGGAGCUCGUGCCAUGCUGCAUUCACAGACACCUGCUUCCUCAACACUUCCAGUUCCUGGGUCGCCAUGUCCAGCAGGAGCUUGGGCCCGGCUGGAUUUCACGUCCCCAGAGUCACGCAUAUUCAUCGGAAAUCGCAGUGUUUGGCACGGUGGCCCCGAGUGCAGGGGGAGAGACUUGAGAGCGGUACAGUUUCUUGCACUUGACUCGGCCUGCCGUUCUAGCUCCUGCAGGAACCCGAGUCACACCGGCGUGGAAAUGAAGGAAUGGCACAUGAAAUCAUUUAACUUAAUCAUCAUGAUUCCUUUAGUGAAAACAGAAAAAAAAUAGCCAUAUUUUCAGAAUAAAGUUGGCAAUAUUUAAAGGGUUCUGUUGUCUGCUUUGAAAAGAAAAUGCAUCUGUGUUCUUUCUGGGGACCCAGUGCCUUACUGAAUUUGUAUAUACUGUAAUUUUUAAGGGCAAGGGAACAAACGGUUUUAUUUGUUACAAAUUGUAUAUGGCUUUAACAUUCCCCAAAUAAAAUGGCUUGAUUCUCCCCAUGG